GAAUUUUAUUGGACAUUUCUGACAGCAAAAGCAUCAUCUCAGGCAAAGUUUUGAAGAAAAGUGUUUUUGGUGGAAUUUCAGGCAGAAAAGGAGGCAAAAAUGCGGGAUGAUCCCAUUCAGAACUUGAAGAUUGUGCAGUUGGUGGAGAAGUAUCCGCUACUAUAUGAUAGUUCCAUGAAGGAGUACGAUAUGAAGCAGGAAGUGGAGAAAGCUUGGAGUGCUAUCGGGAGCGAGCUGCGAAUGACAGCAAACCAUGCUCGGGAUCGUUGGCGGGUGAUCCGGGGUAGUUACGUGCGCUACAUGCGUCAGCAGAAUUCCUCUGACGGAGAAAGCCCCAAGAAGCCCUACUACCUGGCCAAUUACAUGAAAUUUGUAAAUCCCUUCCUGAAACUGAGGGAGUCCUAUCCGAUGGUGAGUGAAUCAAAACGUGGAAUCCUGACACGUAAGCUGACGACUCCACGAGAGAAAAAAACCUGUGUAAUCAGACUGAAACGUCGGCGGAGUUCGGGAGAAUCUGCGGAUCAGACUUCUAAGCCCGUUGCCGAGGACAGUUCCAUCUCUAUCAUUGAGCCGUACUUUGAGGAUGGAGAGAACAACACCGAGGAGACAGAGAAGCAUCAGCAGAGGGACGUGAAGCAUGUGGAGCUGUACAAUAUUGCAGAAUCCUCAUCUUCAUCCCAUCGCUACACGGUCAUCCAGGCUGAAUCCAAGAAUGACGAACCGGCCAAGAGUCCAGCCAAUACAGAAGUCCAAUGGCAAAAAAUGGAAGUUGCAGAAGAUACAGCGGACUUGCACUUCUUCAAGAGCCUCCUCCCGGAAAUGGCCAAUCUAACUCCGUCAAACAAGAACAAAUUCAAAAUUGAGGUCCUCAAUGCCUUGAAUCAUCUUCUCUACGGGGAAUAAUCUCACAAAGCAAUUGCAAAAAAACACUUUUAAACCUUUUAAAUAAAAUAAAAAUAAAUCUUAGUUGUCUUUCACUAACAAAAAAA